GCCCUUGUUCAGCCUGGUGACGUCCUUGCUCUUGCAGUCCUCGGCGAAGCAUCUGAGUGACAUCCUCGUGCGCACGACGCUGGAGGUGGUGCAGAACGAGCAGGGCGUGGACCAGCUCGUCAACUCCGCCAGCGAAGCGAUGCGGAAGGCCAUGACCAACAAGCAGGUACAAAGUGCCCUGAAGGAGACGGUCAUCGAUGCCAUGCAGGACGAGAACUUGCAGCAGGAGAUGAUAAAGACGCUGACCAAGGCCGCCAUCCUCUCCUCCGGCGACCACCUGCUCCGUGCACACCUCCUGGACGUGGGCAAGGACGCCCUCGUCCGAGCUAUGAAGGACCAGGCUUUCAUGUCUGAGAUGGUCUCCAUGAUCUCGAAGUCGGCGCUGGCAGCGUCCCGGGACCAGGAGAUGAAGUUUAGGCUUUGGUGUCCUUAA